AUGCCUACGUCGAUUCCACUUGAUAUGUUGCUCGCCAAGGAAAUGUGUCAGGAGGUGGCAGCAGUGAUCAAAGCCAGGUUCGCGACCCCGCCACAAAUCUGCGAGCAGAAAUACUUUACAUUCCCGUCACAGCCAGAUUUUGCGACACAAGAGUAUGGGAAACUGUUGCUGGAUGAAAAAACAGAGAGUGAGGAUGAACAUGCCGACAAGGUGUUCGCGAAGUUGAUGAAGAUGAUGAGCGAGAGCGCUGGCCCUCUUUCUACAAGCGAUUUGAACUACCUCAAGUCGGAACUAAAACGCGACACUGACUUACUAAGCAAGGUGAUGCCGAGCCCCGAGAAGCCACGCGUUUGUGAUGUAACGUCCGAUCGGAAAUGGUCGCGUGAGAUUGCAGCAUCGGCGGCGAAAUUCUUUAAUCCUACUAUCAAAGACGUACGCAAGCGUGAGGCAUUGUUUCGCUCAAAAGAUGCGGAGCGACGCCGUCAGGCAGCAACUGCUCAGCACAACGUGGAGAAUGAAAGUACGCGUGCAAGUGCCAGGAAAACAGCCAAGAAGAAGAAGAAGAAGAAGAAGAAGAAGAAGAAGAAGAAGAAGAAGAAGAACAACAACAACAACAACAGUAAAGUGGUGUCUGGCGCCAUCAAGGAGGAAUCAAUGAUCGCUACAGCUGCAAAGUCCUCGAAUAACAGGUCGGUAGAAAGUGCGCGCAUCUACUUGCGCCUCCUAGAUGCAGCUGGUGCCGAGGUCGACGAGAGUUUCGAGUCGGAGAGUCUGACAAAGCUCGAGAGUAUGCUGAGAAGCAAGGAAACGGCGAUUUUCAACCGUCUCAAAGACACGAACGUUCCUGCCAGUGAGAAAGCCGACGUCGUGGAGAAUGCUUGUGGAAUGAUUAAGGAGUUGGUGUGGCUUGUGAAGUCGCAUGCCGAACCUAGCAGUCUCAACUCGACGUACCCUCAUAUCCGAUCCGUGAUUGCCACCGAAGCGUCAAUCGGUAUCAACUUGAUGCAGAAGUUCUACCGUAUUGACCACGCCGUCAUUACAGUUCCGGAACUGAAUGACGUCCGCGAGCUCUGUGCAACGACACUGGAAUUUGCCAAAUUUGUCUUCAGUGAAAUGAAGGGGUUCGCGUUCUUGUGCGAUAGCGAUAUACGAAUUGUCUACGGGGGCGCUACCAAAGCCGAUGUGGAGCGAGUUCAAAGGGUCGUACUCCAGAUGUUCACUGUCCUGGGAGCCCAGUUUGAUCAACAUGGCCUACAGACCUGUAAAACUUCCCUUCGUAUAGAAGGACCGAGCUCCUUAUCCACUGCGUGCUCACCAGCACUGGCGGAGAAACUAUCUUUCGUCUCGACAGGAAGCUGUGGGUACAGUCUCAAAGACGCGGCGUUUUCGCAGACCAUCGCGUGCUCAGACGCCGAGCUCAAGCUGAUCCUAGCGAAGAACCCCGACGGUUCGUGGCCAAUUGUGACAGACACAGACAUCAGAAGUCUCAACGUUGGGAGGUUACCGCUAUGCUUUGUCAGCAUAGUAGACAACCCGACGCAAUUGGGGAGCAGCGACUUCCUUGAGGAAUUCAAGUUCCGAGAUUCCGUAAAUCUACCAAGACCGAGAGAAGUGCACGUGCUGGUCCAGACGUCCGAGCCACUAGUUAUACAGCCGAUGCGGAAGCCAGAACUCGAUCCUGUGUACGCUCUGGAUAAAGGCAAUAUGUAUUUCGUGAUGAAGUCGUCAAGACAUUACAGAGAAUUCAUCUGGUAUCCUACUAUUCCGCUAGUCGUUGCUGGCUCUGGAAUGGGUAAAACAGCUUUAGCGAAAAACUAUAUUUUCAAGUGCCGUGAGACCUGGCCUCCUGGAAAACGAGAAGUAUUCGGGCUUCACCGCGACUUGUGUCAGUGUCGGACAAUAUUUCUUCGGCUUGCGUCUGCUGGAGAUGCUAUAACUAUAGAAACGGCAAACCAGGCGCUUGCACAAGCCGUGGGGGAGCAGCUUCAGCCUGGAACAGAUCGCAUACAGCAGCAAUUGGGACCAUUCUCGGUGUCAGGAUAUGUCAAGCGUCUAGUCAAGGAAGUGAGCCCUCUUUUUAUUGUGAUUGAUGAUCUCGAAAGGCUCUUCCAGUCGCACGGCCGCUUUAUCCAGUUUUGCAGAAAUGUUUUAUGGUCAUGGAUGCAAACUCGACAAAUCCACCUGCUUGUCCUGAGCUCAGUGCCAUUGUUUGAGGGCAAGAAGUAUGAUAUUCGUGUGCCUGGCAGCGUUUGCCAUCGUUGA